UUUUGUGCGAAACCACUUCUACCAACAAUGGGUAUCACUGCAGUUGCUGUCGGCGGCGCUAGCGGCCUGUUUGUCUCGACCAUGUCCAACCUGCUGCGCCACCGGCCAGCGACGCGAGGAUUCACACUUCACGCCAGCUCUCUGGUCGUUGGCCUUGCUUUCGGCGUCGUGUACUCGAACUUGGCUGAUUCCAUCGAAGAGCGCAAGAACGUCCUGCUGGAGGAGCGGAAAGCCCGCAACGAGGCCAAGCAGCAGUAACGAGCAGUCGCUCGUUUCCAGCUUCGUUGAACGAUGAUCAUCCGCAAGGUUCAGGCGUUGUCUUCCGUUUUGUUGUUGUUUGCUGCCAGCGCUGUGACGAUAGAAGCUUGCACAUGAUUGUUUCACACAAUAUAAACCAACCAUUGCAUUUUUGAACCACU